CUGUGCCAAUCCGAAGCCAGGAGCCAGGAGCUUCUUCCAGAUCUCCCACACGGGUGCAGGUUCUUGGAGACAGCCAGAAUGAUGCCUCUUGUCCCUCUGCUCCUGGUGAGCAUCAUCUUCCCCGGCAUCCAGGCUACACAACUGACGAGGUGCGAGCUGACUGAGAAGCUGAAGGAGUUGGAUGGCUACAGAGAUAUCUCUAUGUCUGAGUGGAUGUGUACCUUAUUUCAUACCAGUGGCCUUGACACAAAGAUUACAGUCAAUAACAAUGGCAGCACAGAAUAUGGAAUCUUCCAGAUCAGCGAUAAGUUGUGGUGUGUGAGCAAACAGAACCCUCAGUCGAAGAACAUCUGUGACACCCCCUGUGAAAAUUUCUUGGAUGAUAACCUUACUGAUGAUGUAAAGUGUGCCAUGAAGAUCCUGGAUAAAGAAGGGAUUGACUACUGGUUGGCACAUAAACCACUCUGCUCUGAGAACCUGGAACAGUGGGUCUGUAAGAAGUGAGCUCCUGCUGUCUUUGCCGCUCCUGCCACCUAUGCUCCUGGAACUCCACUUCCCUAAUGCUACCUCAGUUGGCCUCUUUUCCCCUCUGCCCCUCCCCCCGAAGCUGAUUUGUCCCUGAUCUCUGAGCAUUGUAGUGCACCAUUGGACUCUUUCGAACUCUUCUCCAAUGAUGUGU